ACUCGACAUGAGUCUUAAGUAAAUGUAGCACCCAGUUACGAGGCGAUAUAUCGCGUUCGGAAAAGAAGAGGGAUCUUAGAGAUGUAGGAAUGGGUUUCAUGGAAGACGAUGGAGCUAGCAGGCUAGCUUCAUGGAAAUACAGUUGAAGAUAUGCGGCUGUUGCAAAUCGUAGCUACUAGCGGCAACCCCAGCUAGCUAACAUGGACUGUUUGGUUGCUAUUAAACCUGACGGUGUGUGAGAUAGGUCAAUACAAUGAUAACACUGCAUUUGGUAGCCAGCUAGAAGCCGACGCAACAAUGGAGUCUUUCCUGCAGAUAGCUCCCCAUUCUCUGGCCAUAGUUCUGUCCAGUGUCGGAGCUGGGGAUGCGGUGGGGGCCGGUGUGUCAGAGAGCGACGAGCUGCCGAGACAUCACACCGGCUAUGAGAUUUUUGCCGAUUUCAAAGCGGAAAAUACCCAGCAACAUGCGUGGAACCAGCGGAUUACCGAGGCUGUGUCCGAGACCUUCUUCCUGGGAUGGAUAGACGAGCAUGUGCUGCUGAUACAGGGGAAGGAGGACCAUCUGGAGGUACUGAGGGAGGGAUGGAUGCGGAGGUCCCUUAAUCCGCCUCGAGGAUUUACCAUCAAAUAUCUGGGUGAUGUGUCACCCAUUAGUAUGUCCCCCAUCAGCCAAUCGCAGUUCAUCCCCCUGGGAGAGGUAUUACUAUUGGCUAUCUCUGCUAUGAACUCCGCCCACAAGCCUGUCACUCAGGAGGCCCUAACUGAACACCUUCAAACAUGUUUUCCAGGUGUUCCCACUCCAACAGAGGAGGUUCUGCACCACACACUAAGCAUGUUGGUCCGUGAGCGGAAGAUCUACCCAACUCCUGACGGAUAUUUUAUUGUAACCCCUCAGACUUACUUUAUCACUCCGAGCCUAAUCCGAACCAGUUCCAAGUGGUACCAUUUAGACGAGCGUUCCACUGAACGACACCAACAGCAGCAACAUCAGAACCAACAACAGCAUCAGCAGACGCAGUGCACCUCCCCUCUCUCUGGUACCAUCACCCCUUCCACUUCUGGAGGCGUGCAAGAUCGAACACACCCCAAGUCCAGCCAGAACCACAGUGGAGGUUGCGGAGGAGGUGGAGAUUCUUUUUACAACAACAGUUACCGUGGAGACGACCCCCCUAGCCACCACACCACCCUGCAGCGCAGAUCCCCCAAAGACCACCGGGAGGCAUAUUCGUCCCUGCACUCUCCACAGACACCUCCUCAGCAAGCAGGAGGUAACACAGAAAAGAGCCGCAGCACCCUCGGGUUCCCCUUCAAGACGGACACGCUCACCAAGCAUCGAGGAGGGGGAGGAGGCGGAGGAGGUGGGGGGGGUGGAACUGGAGAGCUAGAUAAACAGACAGGUGGAGGAACUGGUACAGGAAAUCGGAAGUUUGGUUUGAAGCUGUUCCGUCUGAGCUUUAAGAAGGACAAAGCCAAGCAGCUGGCCACCUUCUCUGCACAGUUUCCACCUGAAGAAUGGCCACUCCGUGAUGAGGAGGCACCUAGUCAGCUCCCACGCCACAUAGAGAUGGAAAUUAUCCGCAGAAUAAACCCUGACCUCACCGUGGAGAACCUUGCCCGGCAUACAGCGGUCAUGAAGCGCCUUGAAGAAGAGCGCGCUCAGAGGAACAAAGCAUCGUCAGCAAAUCAGAGCUCUAGGAGUAGGAGAAGUGGGGGUAGACACAGGAAGCAGUCUCAGACCAAACUCAGUCGCUCACAUAGCAAGACAAGGGCACCCCGUGGUGAGCCAAGCGACAGUUCCCAUUUGGAGCUAAUCGACAGGGACUACAGAGCCUACUCGUCAUCACUGGCUCGGUCUCCGAGGGAGCAUGCACUGGCCAUGGAGCGGCAGCGGGCGCGGCUUCACCUAGCACACAGCAACCCCAACAUCCUCGACUCCUCCCAUCUACCUGUCACACCUGAGUGGGAUGUGUCUGGAGAGCUUGCCAAACGGAGGACGGAAAUGCCUUUCCCUGAGCCAAGCCAUGGCCCAUCAGCCCACCACUCCAAAGUCCACCGCUCACAGUCCCACACACAGGAGAGGAAGUCCAGGAAUGAACGCAGUGACAAGGCCAAGGAACGAUCUAGAUCCAUGGACAAUUCUAAAGGACCACUUGGAGCUGGGUUGAUUGGACCACCCAAUUACUAUGAGGACCGGAGCCGUUACUAUACUGAUGAUGGAACCCUGCGAGCCAAUCAGAGCUCUUCUCACUACUCUCGUGCCACUCCCCCCUCGGCUAAGCUGUCUGGGAACUCCCUGGGGUUGGAUGGUGGCAAGAGCUUAGAAAAGAGUAAGAGUAAGAGCAGGGACAACCUGCCGGCAUACUCAACCAAACCACUGCCCACCUCUGUCCCUCCCGACAAUUACUUCCAAUGCUCCAGUUCUUCUGAGGCUGUACACACAGCAGCAAGCCCACUGGGAACUCUUGGCAAAAGUAGCCAUGAUGGGUUAAAACUGGGCAGCACUGACAGGCAAACAGACAGGCAGACACCCCAUCCUCCAGAAAGCAAGGAGGACUUGUCAAAGGUGGGACCUAAAGGUGGCAGCCUGCCUCCAAUACCUCUCUCUAUCCCUGAUCCCCCUCUCCCUAAUGGACGACCUUCCCACAGUGCCUCCUCUGGUCAAGAGAAACGUAAGGAGAUCUUUAGUAAAGACACACUCUUCAAACCUCCUCCCAGCCUCCCUUUACCUGGAUACAGCUCCCUGAGAAAACCCCCUGCCCCCGCCUCCUCCACUCUGUCCUCAUCCUGCGAUGCACUUGAUUCCCAGGAGGCCUUUGAUGCCCCCAAACCUCUGGUGGCCACACAGUCUGCUCCUCCACAGGGAAUUGAACCCACAACCAGUACUGCAGAGGCCUCCUUUGACUACUACAAUGUAUCAGAUGAUGAUGAACUUGAGGAGGGGGGGACUAAAAGCAGAGGAGAGGAUGAGAAGACUGGAGGUGUUGUUGGGAUAAGCGGAGGAGGGGCAGGGACAAUGCAGUGGUUAUUAGAAAGAGAGAAAGAGAGGGAUCUACAUAGAAGGUUUGAAAGAACCCUCACCUUCCCUGGUGCUAAAGAGAACCUACCAGAACCCAGUCAGAAUCAGCAGUCAGCCCACUCUGCCAGACUGGACAGUAUGGACUCUAGCUCUGUCACUGUUGACAGUGGAUUCAACUCACCACGAACCAGGGAGAGCCUAGCAUCUAACACCUCUUCCAUAGUGGAGAGUAACCGUCGACAGAACCUGGCACUGAGCCCUGGCCACCUCGGCAUCACCACUGGCAACGGUCCCCCUUUCUCCUUCCGAGCCAUUCCUGAACCUGCCAGCACCCAACCAGAGAAACUCCAGAAGCCCAAUACCUGCCUUGCUUCAAUCACCAGCGUCUAG